AUGAUUAACGGAUUUAUUUCUUCAGAGAACCCGGAUGCUGAAGCUUUCGAGAAAGCACAUGACCUGUUUGACUUCUUAGACGAAGACAAUGACGGUCGACUCACGCGGGACGAAUUCAUCAUGUUUACUCACGGAAUCGGCUUCAACCCUGACGACAAGGCUGCAGAUGCCAUACUGGACGAGGCUGACCCACAUCGAAGCGGCUACGUCGCAUGGACAGACUACAAAACUACCUUGACCCAUCGUCUUCCUCAGGUCCGAAUGGAAGAGGAGAAGUUACGCGAGGCGUUCCGAGUGUACGAUCACGACCGUGACGGAACAGUUACUGUUGAUCAACUACAAACCAUUAUCAAGGCCGACUCUAGAAUUAAACAUGACGUCAUCGACAAACUACGGGAUUCGGACAGAGACGGCAAAAUAGAAAUAACCCAUCUUGUAAGCAUGCUUUUGGCAUAAAGCUAUCCCCAGGAAGGAGUCGUUAUAUCAUAUAUCGAAACAUGACAUUAUCUGGAUAAUAAUUAUACAUCGAGGAAGUUUAUAUUUUCCUGCUACAUUUAUAUUUAAUGCUUUAUAAUUUCAAUCUAUUAAAAUUUGG